AUCCGCGGUGGUGGAAAGGGACGAAACGUUCCGAUUACCUAUUCACUGUUUCAAUGCUAAAUGUUCGAUAAAUUAAAACCAAAAUGUUCAGCUCGUUAGUUCGAUCCACGUUCACCAGAACGGGAAGUAGUUUAGCUCGGAAUGCAUCGAUCGUUUUGAGGCAAUCGCACAGGGCAGCAGUUCUGCACGAGAUCGGUAAGCCGGUGGUGCUGGAAACUGUGAAACGAGUCGAUCAGCUGAAAGAUGAUGAGGUUCGAAUCAAAGUCCACUACUGCAGUCUCAAUUCGACCGACGUGCAGAUCAUUACCGGUAAGCAUCCGGACUUGAAGGUACCGCUUCCUUUCAUUCCGGGACAUGAGAUUUCCGGGGAGAUUGUGGAGAUUGGGAAGGCCAAUCCGAACUUCCUGAAGCGAGGUGAUCGCGUGGUAGUUAUGAACGAUUUACAAGAUCCUAAUGGAGGAUUGAUAGAGGAAGUGGUGGUUAAGAACCGAGACGUAUGGCAAGUUCCGUCCGAGGUUCCUCUGAGGGAAAUGACCGUCAUGCCGUACGGGCAUGGAACGGCUCUGCUGACUUUUGCGAUGCACUGCCAGCUGCAGGAGAACGAUUUGGUGUUGAUCACGGCUGGUCCGGCGGGGAUGGGACUGGCAGCGAUCGAUUUGGCCGUUGCCGUCUACAAAGCGAAGGUUAUUGCUAUUUGCGAUACGGAGAGCAGUUCGGAUUUGGUGAGGCAGAAAGGAGCUUAUAAGACUGUUAGCAUGACCAAGAAUUAUACGAAACUCUACAAGAACAUAGCGGAUGCGAUGGGUGAUAAAAAAGCGAAAAUAGCUUACGACGCCGUUGGAAAGGGACUGCUACAUUUGUUGGCGGAUUUUGUCGACCCGGAAAAGGGCCAACUGUUUUCGGUCGAUCCGUUCUACAAUCAGGAGAAGUUGAAAGCAUCCAAACCGGAGUAUGAACUGCCCAAGAAGAAGGAACGCACCGAACAGGAUCAGCAGAAUGCCGCCAAGUUGAUUGACGGCGUAAAGCACGUCGAUUUGUACGAACAUCCCGAUGAGGACGUCUACCGGCAGAUGAUUGCCGAUACCAUUGAGAUGCGAUCGCAGGGCAUGAUUGCCGGAUACAUUAGUAAGGUGUUUCUGCUGAAUAAGAUUCAGAAUGCGGUGGAGUUUAUUCAGAAGAAGCAAUGCACCGGAAAGGUGCUGAUCGAUGUCAAAUGCGUUGACGAUGAUGACUGUGAAGACGGCGAGGCGGGUGAGGAGAAGAAAAGCAGCUAAGUUUGCAUGACUUACGAGAAAUGUGUUAAUCAAGUCAUAGAAAUAGUUAUUAUUUUUCAAUGCAAUUUAUAUUAUUAGCUUACGAAUAAACUUCCAACACCUUAGUGAAGGCAAAUAAACAAA